AUGACAUCGCCCCAACUCGAAGAGAUCCAGAAGCAGAGGGCUCGUGCCACCAUUGUCGCCGCAGCUGCUGGCGAUGCCUUAGGCGCAAACUAUGCCGCACAACCUGAUCUGCUCGCCGCUCUCGGUGACGGGCCUGUACCGUUCGCAACGGAGGGUCCUUGGAGGGAGGGCGAGUGGACCUCGUCCACCUCCAUGGCCGUACCGCUUUUGAAAGUCAUCAAUUGGCUCGCCAGCGACCAGAACUCGGACGAGAGUGUCCACCCGUUGAACUGGAUCGUGUCGGGGUGGAAGUCACUCAAUCUACGCAAUUGCGGCUGGCGCCUGGACGACCUGAUAUCGUCGUUGGGGUACCCACCCGCACCGGUCAAGAACGAGCCGCUGUUCAAGCAGUGCUCGUACAUUUCCCGUCAGCAAGAUGUUAGAGACGGUCGAAGUGAUAGUAGUGAAGCCGUGGCGCGGUCGGUCCCCGUUGCUAUUGGGUUCCUUGGCGAAGGACGAGAGGCUAAGAUGGUGGGGGUCGCCACCGCAAUGGUUCGCCUGACGCAAAGCCACCCGGAUGUCGUCGAGGCCGCACAGUUGCUCUCCCUGGCGCUGCGAAGCGCGAUCCUCACGGGCGAACUGAAUCUGCUCGUGCACGUUGACUCCUUGCCCUACGUCAGUGCCCAGCGCAAGGCAUUUUGGAAGGAGAAGAUCGCCGCCGCCGAAAAGUCAACGGCAGAAGCGUUCAAGGACACCAAUACGACGGCCGUGGGCGCUCUCCAGGCGGCGAUCGCUGCGAACGCGGGAGCUGGCGACGUCAAGACCGUGCUCGAGCACGCCAUCCGCGCGGGAGGCGAGUGCAACCGCGUCGCUUGCCUGGCUGGCGCCCUCGCAGGAGCGCGAACAGGCAGCGUGCCCUCUGACUUGCGCGAGAAGAUCUGGGGUGAGUCUGUCGGACCAGGCACGGCGGAGGAGUUGGAAAGUUUAGUCAAUAACGUGCUCAACGUUGAGUGA